UGAAAUUGGCCGCUCAUUGUGUGUGCGCGCGUACGAUGUUGACUUUGAGAAAUGUCAACCGGCUGUCGAAUUUUACCUUGAACGCGCAAUAAAUAAAAAGCAAGAGGAAUCAUGAUUAAAAAUCGAGCGACUCCGUAAUACGAAAACGAAUUUUAUGAAGCGGCACAAGUAGAUCGAUCGGGAAUUAUCAUUGGAAUUUCGCUCGCUUUUUCCCGGCAAUUUGGAGGUUACAUUUCGUCGUGGAUUCUUCCUUUUCUUUUUUAAUUUCUUUAUUUUUUUUUAAUGGAAGAAACGACGUCCGACUCACCGAGAGAUUCAUCAAGUUCAGAGAACAAUCAUGUUAAUGAACCAGACAUCGAGACAUCCUGCAAGAAUAAUAAUGACACGGAGCAUCAUAAUGGAGAACGUACACCGCAACACACACAGUCCGAGAAAUACAUCGACAAUUCUAUUUUCAAUACCAUUUCCAAAAUUGUUAAUCCCACUACGAAGGUACCAGAUAUACAGGAUUUUAAGAUAGUGAAGCCAAUAAGCAGAGGAGCAUUUGGUAAAGUGUUUUUAGGAUAUAAAAAGUCUAAUUCCGAGCAAGUGUACGCGAUUAAAGUAAUGAAGAAGAACGAGAUGAUAAAUAAGAAUAUGGCAUCACAAGUAGUGAUUGAACGCAACGCACUGGCUCUGACUCAUAGUCCAUACUGCGUGCAACUCUUUUAUUCAUUGCAAUCUGUCAGCAGUGUCUAUCUAGUCAUGGAAUAUAUGGUAGGCGGCGAUCUCAAGAGCUUGAUCGGCGUUUACGGCUUCAUGGAGGAGUCCAUGGCGGCAUUUUACACCGCAGAAGUAUGCCUGGCAUUGGAGUAUCUUCACUCGCACGGCAUUGUACAUAGGGAUCUGAAGCCGGACAAUAUGCUUCUCUCACGCGAAGGACACGUCAAACUUACGGAUUUUGGACUCAGUAAGAUAUCGUCGUUGCACAGGGAUCUCGAGAUAUCGGAUUUAGUGAAUCCGAUGACUCCCAGUUUAUGUACCAGGACACCUGGUCAGCUGCUCUCGCUAACGUCUCAUCUGUCCUUCGGUUCCGGCCAGAAGUCCACUAGCGAAUCGAAUCUCAGUGAUAGAAGCACGCCAGCUAUGAAUUUGCUCUCCACGCUGCAGAGAAAUAGCACUAAGUUCGGGGGACAUAUGUCGCCAAAUUCAGUCAUUUCUUCUGUUGCAUCCGGAGAUUAUUCUCGAAUAUCCGGUGUCACACCUUUCCAAUCAGCGGAAGAUCUACAUUUCGAACAAAGUAACGAGGAACAUAAUAUCACGGAAGAGGACGAGGGCACCAUUAAAAAGCACGAAGAUGGUCCGGAUAGUUCUAGCAGUUACUACACUUGCGAAGCAUCCUCCGUCCCGGCUAGCAAUCCAGAUAUAAUGGAAGAAGAGGAAGAGGACGAGUCUACGCUCGAGGCCGAAAAGUCACAACAGCGAUCUCCUGUACAUACCACCAGUCCAGUAAGCACUUGUACAAAUUCAUUCAGAGAUCGAAUUCGGGGAUCGAAGAGGAAGCGACCCGGUACGUGCGCAACGACUGGCUUAACAUGCGAGAUCGACGCGAUAGAUCUCGAUGUCGACAAAACACCCAAGAGAAAUAAUCGCGAUCCUGUAUUUUCUUAUAGUCCGAUGAGCGAUGAUACCUCAGUAUACACUAAAACAGAAGACAUUGCCGUCGACUUGGCGAAUAACGAUGGGAACAGGACACCAAAUCAAGAUAUCGAACAGAACACCGGGUCUACGGGUAGAGUAGCCUUCAGUACGCCGGUAUCUUCUGCCAGACGAAGAGGUAGCGAUGAUGAGAAACAGCAGAAGUUGCACGAAGAAGAGGAGGAUGCGAGGACUUUAAUAAAGACGAGAUUUCGCCUACCACCGCCGUCCGCUUUGCAUUCCGUGCACGAUUUACAUACAGAUCUGACCAAUACAUCCCGAGAUCAUCGUUCGCCUCAGGGUAUCUCGCCCAUCAAGACACCUGCGACUUCGAAUAAUUGUUACACGCCGUACAGAACGCCCAAGUCUGUUCGAAGAGGCGGUCAAGCUGGCACCAACAGAUCAGACGAUCGUAUACUCGGUACGCCGGAUUAUCUCGCUCCGGAACUGUUGCUCAGACAAGGUCACGGACCGGCUGUCGACUGGUGGGCGUUAGGCGUGUGCCUGUAUGAGUUUUGCACGGGUCUGCCGCCAUUCAAUGAUGAAACGCCACAAGCGGUCUUCGCGAACAUCCUUGCGCGCGAUGUCCCCUGGCCAGAAGACGAGGAGGCUUUGUCAUCGGCAGCAACUGAUGCUAUCGACGCGCUCCUUACCUUGGACCAAACGGUACGACCCUCGGCAAAGGAGGUACGCACUAUGGCUCUCUUCUGCGAGUUUCCCUGGGAUGAGCCGUCAAAAGCAGUGCCACCGUUCAUCCCGCAGCCGGACGAUAAGUACGAUACAUGCUACUUUCAAGCGCGGAAUACUAUGCAACAAUUGAAUGUAAGUAAUUGCGAUACGUAGAUAUAUCGUAUGCAGACGUGGCAGGAAUGGAAGCCUAUAUAAUGUAUUAAAACUGUUAUUAUGUAUAACUU